GUUUUCCUUCCUUCUAUAAUUGUAACAUCGUUGGAUUGUUAUUUUCAAACACCAAAGUGAUCGCAGGUGCCGCAAUAAUUUGAAAGCUUGUUUAUUGUUUAGGAAAUAUGGCCAAUAAGGAGGAAAGUGAAGUAAAUGUAAACAUUGAAAAAUAUCGGAGGCUGGUGAAACACUACAUUGACUUGAGGUUAUAUUCUUCAGCUUUAUUUUGGGCAGACAAAGUUGUUUCCUUAAGCAGUGAAGAUCCAGAAGACAUAUACUGGUUAGCCCAAUGCAUGUAUUUGUUGAAGCAGUAUCACCGAGCAGCUGAGCUAAUUAUGAAUCGAGGUCUGGAGAAGAAGCAUGUUUUGUGCUACUACCUGGCUGCUCGUUGUUUCCUGGAAGCAUAUGAUUUACCAGAAGCCCUGCAAGUCUUGAACUGUGGAGAACAAGGGAGUUUAUUACCCAAUGUUUCGUUUUUGGAAGGAAGCCCAAAAGAAGUACAGAGUGCAGUUUUGUUGUUGAAGGGGCGUGUAUGUGAGGAGAUGGAUAACAGAGCCUUAGCUGUGGCUUGUUAUAAAGAAGCUCUCUGUAAGGAUGUUCACUGUUAUGAAGCAUUUGAAGCACUUACUCAGCAUCAGAUGCUGCCUGCAUGGGAAGGUGAGGAAGAAGUCUUAUCGUCAUUGCCUCUGUCAGAACAAUGUUCUGGCCAGGAGGAAGAAAGGCUAGUCCGGACACUCUACCGCACAAAACUGAAGAAGUAUCACGCUCCACAGCAAGAACCAAAUGAGAGGUUACCUGCGAAGCUUUCAAGUAACCUUGAUGUGGCAGUGUGUGAGGCAGAAAGACAUUACUACAAUUGUAAUUACCGAGAAUGCCUCAGAAUUACUGAACAGGUGCUUAAGAAGGACUCCUAUCACAGUGGGUGCUUUCCUGUACAUAUUGCGUGCCUUGUCGAUCUCAAGAUGUCAAACAAGUUGUUUUACUUGGCACAUCGCUUAGUUGACCUGUACCCAGAAUCUGCUGUAUCGUGGUUUGCUGUUGGGUGCUAUUACUACUUGAUAGGAAAGAGUGAUCCAGCUCGAAGGUACUUGGCAAAAGCUACUACACUUGACAAACUUUUUGGUCCAGCAUGGCUGGCGUAUGGUCAUUCUUUUGCUACUGAGAAUGAACAUGAUCAGGCUAUGGCAGCGUAUUUCAAGGCAUCACAGUUGAUGAAGGGGUGUCACCUCCCACUUUUGUAUAUUGGACUUGAAAAUGGCCUUACAAACAAUGUUAGGCUAGCCGAUAAAUUUCUGAAGCAAGCUGCAGAAAUUGCUGAGGGAGAUCCAUUUGUUUUACAUGAAAUGGGUACAAUUGCCUAUCAGAAUCAAGACUAUGCAGCAGCAGAACAACAUUUCACUGCAGCUUUGGAAAGAAUUAAGGUAGUAAAUGGAGAACUUAUUCCUUCACGAUGGGAGCCACUGUAUAAUAAUCUGGGACAUACAUACCGGAAACUCCGCAAGUAUGAGGAAGCGCUUCGCAUGCAUCAAGAGGCGUUGUUACUUUCACCAAUGAAUGCAUCAACAUAUGCUGCCAUGGCUUUUGUGAAUGCCCUGCUUGGAAACACAUCAGACGCAGUAGAUCUAUUUCAUAAAGCAUUGGGCAUACGCAGAGAUCACACAUUUAGUACAACUAUGUUGGGAUAUUUACUGGAGCAGUUAAUGGUAGAGACACCACCCUUCUCAAGUUCUUCAGAAACAAGUGCAGAUUCUUUCCUGUGGCAAAGCACUGUACCAUAUUUGGACAUUGACAGGGGCAGCACUUCCAUCCCUUCAUGAAACAUCUACAAGCAGCCUUAGUUUUGAAGUUGAAAUGCAGGAUACCUCAGCUGUUAGGAUAUUGGAGUAGUUACUGUUGAUCUUAUACCCCAAAGAACUCUCUUGUGAUAUAACUGAUAUCAGAUUCUGUGCCCUUCUUUAAAGGUUCAGAUGAUACCUCUUAAACUGCAAUGUCGGUUUUGCAGUGUAUAUGUUCUGAAUGUAGUAUGAAAUAUUUG